AUGGAAGAGAACGACGAUGACGACCUCGACGACCUAUUCGAGGACUCCGAAGAUGACGACCUCGCCCCGGAGCUCGUCGCCGCAAACCCAAACGACUACACCAAAGCGUACAACCGCCAGAAGAAACUCGACGACCCCUCGAUACCGGCGUCCGAGAAGCCCAAGGCGAACCCCCAGAAGCCCAGCGCGAACACCCAGGCCUCGAUAGACGACCAAAUCGCGUCGCUGUCGAAACACGUCGGCAAGAUAAAGGUGGAAGACAGGUGGAUGGGCGGUGGCGGCGGCGGCACGAUGGGCGGCGGCGCGAGGGACAAGGACAAGAGCGACCGGGCGACGAGCGAGCAGGUGUUGGAUCCCAGGACGCGCAUGAUCCUCCUCCAAUUAAUCAACCGGAACAUCGUGUCGGAGAUCCACGGCGUCUUGUCCACGGGCAAGGAGGCGAACGUGUACCACGCCAUGACCGAGGUCGAGGAUGCGCCGCCGCUGCACCGCGCCAUCAAGGUGUACAAGACUUCCAUCCUCGUCUUCAAGGACAGAGAUAAGUACGUCACGGGCGAGUUCCGCUUCCGAUCCGGCUACAACAAGUCGAACAACCGUGCCAUGGUUAAGGUUUGGGCGGAGAAGGAGAUGAGGAAUCUGCGCCGCAUAUACAACUCUGGAAUCCCAUGCCCGGAGCCACUGUACCUCCGUCUACACGUUCUCGUCAUGGGUUUCUUGGGCGACAAGAAGGGCUGGCCGGCGCCGCGACUGGGCGAUGUCAAGUUCGAAGGGUUGACGGACGAGGAGGAGGACGCAAAAUGGACCUCGCUGUACGUCCAACUCCUCGCAUACAUGAAGAUCAUGUACCAGGUGUGCCAUCUCGUCCACGCCGAUCUGAGCGAGUACAAUAUCCUCUACCACGACAGCAAGCUCUACCUCAUCGACGUCUCGCAGUCCGUGGAGCACGACCACCCGCGGAGUCUCGAGUUCCUGCGCAUGGACGUCAAGAACGUGUCUGCGUUCUUCCGGACCCGCGGCGUCGACGUCCUCACCGAGCGGAAGGUCUUCAGCUGGAUCAGCGAGCCCGGGAACACCGGCAUGGCCGCCCUCGAAUCUGCCGUGUCGACUAUGCUCGCGCAGAGACAGUCGAUGUCGACGGAUGAGAAGCAAAAGGAACAGGAGGACGAUGUCGUUUUCCGCAAUGAAUACAUCCCUCAGACUUUGGACCAGGUCUACGAUAUUGAGCGCGACGCCGAGCUCGUCAAGAAGGGUGAAGGCAAAGGCCUCGUGUACCAGAGUCUCUUGGCCGAUAAGGUCGUCAAGAAUGAUGACGACCAGGUCGAUGGUGGCGAUGAGGUUGGUGCCGCUGAUUCUGCUUCCAACGCGAGCGACUCGAGCGAGGUCGACCAAAGCAUCUUCGAAAAGGGACCCUCGAGAGGCAAGAAGAACAUGGACAAGGACGCGAAGAGAGACCACAAGAAGGCCAUCAAGGAAGAGAACCGCGAGAAGAGGAAAGAGAAGAUUCCCAAGCACAUCAAAAAGAAGCUUGUGGCGCAGUCUUCCAAGAAGCACAAAUAA